AUGAGUAACAUCUGUAAUCAAAUCAACACGAGGCAGCAGAAGUAUGAAGAGAGAGAUCCAGAGAAACUCCUGCAGUCCAACAGAGAAGUGAUUGUGAAACUUGCUGAAGUGGCUUUCAAACAGCUGAUGAAGGGCAAUGUGAUGUUCUAUGAGGAGGACCUGAUUGAGAGCGGCAUAGACCUCACUGACGCCUCAGUGUAUUCUGGGAUUUGUACUGAGAUCUUUAAGCAGGAAUCUGUGAUUCAUCAGAGGAAAGUCUACAGCUUCAUUCAUCUGAGCGUUCAGGAGUUUCUUUCUGCUUUCUAUCGGCUUUACUGCUGUUUAACAAAGAACAAGAAAAUACUGGAUGAAUUCAGAUCUCACAGAUUUUACUCAGGCUCCAAUAAAGUCUCUCUGUAUGAUGUACUAACAUCAGCAGUAAAUAAAGCUCUCGAGAGUAAGAAUGGACGUCUGGAUCUGUUCCUGCGGUUCCUGCUGGGCGUCUCACUGGAGUCCAAUCAGAGACUCUUACAGGAUCUACUGACACACACAGAGAACAGCUCAGAGACCAUCAGAGAAACCACACAGUACAUUAAAGACAAGAUCAAAUAUGAAGAUGAUCGUUAUCCUCUCUCAGCUGAUCAGUCCAUCAAUCUGUUCCUCUGUCUGCUGGAAGUGAAAGAUCAGACUCUGUUCAGAGAGAUUCAGGAGUUUGUGAAAUCAGACAAACACUCAGAGAAACUCUCUCCUGCUCACUGCUCAACAAUCUCCUACAUGAUUCAGAUGUCAGAGGAGCCGCUGGAUGAACUGAACACCAUGAAAUACAAAUCAGCUGAGGGGAGAAGAAGACUGAUACCAGCUGUGAUCAACUGCAGAAAAGCUCUAUUUUCUGGCUGUAAUCUCUCAGAACAGUAUUGUGAAAUUGUGUCUUCAGUUCUUCAAUCCUCAAACUCUGUCCUGAGAGAGCUGGAUCUGAGUAACAAUGACCUGCAGGACUCUGGUGUAAAGUUUAUUUCUGAUGGACUGAAGAGUCCAAACUGUCAGCUGCAGAUACUGAGGUUGUCUGGCUGUAUGGUGUCAGAGGAAGGCUGUGGUUAUUUGUCUUCGGCUCUGAGUUCAAACCCCUCACACCUGAGAGAGCUGGAUCUGAGCUACAAUCACCCAGGACCAUCAGGAGUCCAGCUGCUCAACGACAAACUGGAGGAUCCAAAUUAUAAACUGCAGAUACUCAAGAGCUUCCAGGCUAAAUCCCUUCAGGACCCUCUAUUUGUAGGAGACUCUAAUCGCUCCGUCACUCGUCUGUGAUCCCAAAAUCACCUCACAUUGGUUCUGGUUCAAUCAGCAAACCAGCAGACAGUUUUCCAGUCAUUCUUUUCUCAUCAGGCAGCAACCACAGCUGCUCAGAAGAGUCUCUCAGCAGCAGAACCAAGCCCUCGCUCGAUGCUCAUCAGACACUUUCAAAAGCUGCAGAAGAUCCAAUCGAUUUCAGAUUAAAAAGCCCAUCAAACCCUGAUCAGCUCUAACUGUUCCUGUCCCAGCGUGGGAUAUGAGGGAGUUCUCUGACUGUAUUCUGAGCUCGGAGCCUCCCCUCGGACAGAUAUACACCAAAUAUACACACUAUUCACUCAGUCUGAUUAUAUGAGUGUCAGCUUAUGAACCUGUGUUUGUGUGUUUAUAGUGUGGAUCAUGGAGGAGAGAAGAUGAUGAGAGCAGGACUACGAAAGUGUAGGUCUACAAACACACACACAC